AUGCUAUACACUUCAAGGGUCUCAAGACCCCAACCAGCCACAGUCGACYUCCAGGACUUCACCACCGGCACUGAGGAGGAGAGACUGCAAUGCGCCAUCAGUCUGGUACAUUCAUUGCAUAAGACGGGAUUCUGCAAGCUUGCAAAGCACUCCAUUCCGGAUGCUGUAGUCGAUGCCGUCUUCGCACAUACCGACGCUUUUUUCGCCUUGCCCGUAGACAUCAAGGCCAAGAUCAAGCACCCUUUGGCCUUUAAUCCGCAUCGAKUAGUUGGCCGCGAAGUCGUCUCCACCGUGACAGACUUUGAGAAAGGCGUCUUUGAAGGACAGAAGUCCAUUCGAGAUAUCAAGGAGGCUUUUGAUAUGGGUAGUCCAGAUGAUCCUUUAUUCGACAACAUGUGGCUCCCAAAGGAAGAUCUUCCAGGCUUCCAAAGAGACAUGGAGAGAUUCUACAGCGAGUGUCGGGACCAGCACCGACAAUUGUUAGAUGCUCUGCAGCUGGGAUGCAAGGCUUUGCUGGACAUCGAUGUCGAUUUCAAUUCUCGCUGUCGACAGAGUGCGAGCGAGUGCCGUCUAAACUACUAUCCACCCGCAGAAGCCUCUCUGCUGAAUGGCGGGGAAUGCAAUCGCAUCUCGCCACACACGGAUUUUGGGACUUUGACGUUACUAUUUCAAGACAGCGUCGGUGGCCUGGAGAUUGAGGAUCAGUCAAACUACGGACAUUUCUUCCCGGUUACCCGCGACUCUCCUUACGAAAUGCUGGUGAAUGCCGGCGACAUUUUGCAGCGCUGGAGCAACGAUUACUUCAAGUCCGUCAACCACAAGGUCACUGUGCCCGUUGGCUUGAAGGUCAAUACUUCCGGCUCGUGUCAAACUCCAGCUCGUCGCUCCGCAGUGUUCUUCGCGAAGCCAGAUCGCGAYUCUGACGCCGGUUCCCUCCCGGAGUUUGUGGAAGAUGGCACAGUGGAAAGGUAUGAGCACAUGUCAGGCUUGCAAUACAAUCAAAUCAAGCUGGGACUUACGUAUGGUACGACCUUGGCGGUGGAUGCGUGA